AUGUUAGACAUUAAUAAUGUGGACUUGGAAAUAACUGGACAAGCUUGGAGUAAUCUUAACAUAAAAUGUGGAGCGUACAAACAAAUUGUGACAUGUCAAGAAAAUGGAUAUAUUAUUGGUGAAAGAAAGUCGGCAAUAUCAGGUAUAGAGUCAGAUAAAUACUGCAAAUAUUGUCAAUUUGUGAACUCUGUUGACCACAUUCUUCUAUCUUGCAAAGCUCACAAAAAAUCACAAAUUGAAAGGCAUGACUGUAUUGUUGAGGAAAUGUGGAGAGCCAUAAUGAUAAAAUAUGAUCAAAUUUAUGUUGGGAAUGAAGACAUAGUCGAGCUUCCAGAAGGAGGAAAAGCGUGGAAAGGGAAAGAAAUGAUGUUUAGAAUAGAUGGCAAAUACCCCAAAAAACCUGAUAUAACGUGGAAAGUUGGGAAGGAAAAAGCUUAUAUUAUUGAUAUAACAAUUGUGGCUAACAAAAAUUUGAGCCUUGCGUUUUUUGGAAAAAUCAAAAAAUAUAUGGAACUUCGGGAAAAACUCAGAAAAUGCUGGGAUAUAAAUAACAUUAAAAUAGUUCCAGUCGUGAUAACGACUGGUGGCCUUAUAAACAAAUACAGUGUACAAAAAAUUAAAGAAAUGGGACUGCAAUUAAAAUGGGAAAAAAUAGUUAGGAAUUUGUUAUGUCAACAAAUGAUCGAAAUUAUGAAAAGAUUCUAUCAAGAUGACUUUAAAUUUUAG